CAAAUUUAGCUUUUAUAUUGUGAUUGGUUCCAACCAAACGGAAAGGAGUGUGGCAGUGUGUGUGAGCUCACCAUGUAUAUAUAUAAUAUAAUAUUAGCCCACAUUUCAUUCACCUGAUCUCUUUCAUCUCUGUCCAAAACCACAGUAGCAUAUAUAGAGAGAAAGAGAGAGAAAGCGAAAGAAAAUGUCCGACGAAGAGCACCACUUCGAAUCCAAGGCCGACGCCGGAGCUUCCAAGACCUAUCCACAGCAAGCUGGUACCAUUCGCAAGAAUGGCUACAUCGUCAUCAAGAACCGUCCCUGCAAGGUUGUUGAGGUUUCAACCUCCAAAACUGGCAAGCAUGGACAUGCGAAGUGUCACUUUGUGGGGAUCGAUAUUUUCAACGGCAAGAAACUCGAAGAUAUUGUUCCAUCUUCCCACAACUGUGAUGUUCCUCAUGUUAACCGUACUGAUUAUCAGCUGAUUGACAUUUCUGAAGAUGGAUUUGUGAGUCUUUUGACUGAAAAUGGUAACACCAAGGAUGAUUUGAAGCUCCCUACUGAUGACUCCCUGCUGAAACAGAUUAAGGAAGGGUUCGAGGAAGGAAAAGACCUUGUUGUGUCUGUUAUGUCAGCUAUGGGAGAGGAGCAGAUUAAUGCUCUGAAGGAUAUUGGCCCAAAAUCUUAAGGAAGGAAGGAGUCAUUGAUGACCCAAAAUCUCAUGUUUCAUCAGAUCCUCCGUUCAUUGUUGCCUGUUAAACGUAGUAUUACCUCCUAGACCUUCUUAAGUGUACUUUGAUUAGUGUUUCCUAAGACCUUCUUAAGUGAAAUUUAAUCAGUGUUCCCAAAGACCUUCUUAAGUGAACUAUUAUUAGUGUCGUGAGUUGUAUUGUUGAAAAUUGAAACUCAGGGACAUGAGCUCUCAUACUCUGUUAUUCCAGACGUUUCGUUGAAGCAUUAUACUUACUA